AGACGUCUGUCUACUUUGUCUGUUUAUUGAGCAAGGCCGUUUUAUACAAUAAUUAAUUUUACAUUUGCUAUGGUACUGAUCGAUAAUUGGCUAACUGUAUGAGUGGGAGAGAUAUUAUGUAUUUAAUUCAAUCACUGCAAAAAUGUUUCAUGUCUAAUAAGGGGAGAUUGUAAUCGUAAAAUAUAAUCACGUGAUAUUCGUAAAAUAUCGUCCUUCAGGCUCAGGGUUUAAAAAGCUGUGUAACACCCGGGUGCCUGGAUCAAGGAUCCCUUGUUGAACAUGUUCAUAAUAAAUCCCUUUGGAUAGUUUGGUAUUAUCGCAACCACCUUGGCGCAGUUUGGUGAUUUUUGAAGAAAAACCAUGUGAUGAAAAUUGGAAUUAUAAGAAAAUAAUGCAAAGAACAUUGGAUAAAACAGCUAUUGCAGAAUUGAACACAUGACAGUUUCACUGAUAGUAUGACUGUAUUGCUAAUGGACCAAGUUGUUUCUAAAAGAAUUAUGGUAAAUUUAAUUGUAUGACAUCUUGAUUUGUAUUUGUAAUGGAUGCCAUUCUAUCUGAAUUUGUGGCCCAUACUUCUGCAGAUCCAGGAUUAGCAGCAGAUUUGUUAGUUGCUCAUGACUGGAACUUAAACUCUGCUUUAUCUGCUUAUUAUGUAAUGAAAGGAAUUUUGCCUGGAGAGGUCCCUUCUUCUGAUACUGAAAGAAUUUCAUCUCAUGGAAGAACCCUCGCAUCUACCAAUCAUUCAUAUAAAACUGCUUUUGAAAAUGGAACAGCAGAGAGUACUACACAUAGCAGGCCACCACUGAAGAAGCUAGCUGCAUUUGAUUUAGAUGAUGGCAAGAAAUUAUCAAGAGGUAUAUCUAGAGCUACUGAUAAUUUCAGUCUUGUUUCUAAAGCUAGAAAAGAAAUUGCUGAAGAUUUUGAUAUUUCAGAUCAGAACAUCAAACCUUCAUGUUUAAAGUUAGAAAUACCAGAAUAUACAUUUUCCCUGCCAGAUUUUUCACAGUUUUCUGAAAAUUUGAGGGAAUAUUUGUUACGGGAUUUAAUAGAAACCUCCACACUAGUUUCUCUUGAACAAGCUGGUAGACUAAAUUGGUGGCAUUCUAGAAAAAUCAGUCGCAAACUAUGGCCCUUAUCUACCACAGGUGAUGGGAAUUGCCUUCUUCAUGCAGCAUCACUAGGUAUGUGGGGCUUUCAUGAUAGACUUUUAACUUUAAGAAAAGCUCUUCAUUCACUUUUGACUUCAAGUUCCUACACAGAUGCAUUUUAUCGAAGAUGGCGUUGGCACACAGCAUUGCAAAAUAAAGAGUCAGGAUUAAUUCUCUGUGAAGAUGAAUGGGAAAAGGAAUGGCAAAAUCUUUUAAAAUUAUCAUCGUCUGAACCAAGGCAGUCUAGUGUUCAAAGGAAUUCUAAUGAACAUCUGAGCAGCUCAAGUGGAACAACACAAAGCAGUGACUGCCAGUCUGAUGUUUAUGAAAGUUUGGAAGAGCUACAUGUCUUAGUAUUAGCUCAUGUCCUGAAGCGAGCUAUAAUUGUGAUUGCUGACACUGUUCUAAAAGAUGUCACUGGAGAGCCAUUUGCUCCUAUACCAUUUGGGGGAAUUUAUUUGCCCCUUGAAUGCCCACCAGCAGAAUGUCAUCGUUCACCUUUGUGCCUCACCUAUGACUCUGCCCAUUUUUCUGCUCUUGUACCAAUGGAUGAGGAAUGUAAAGAUUUAUCAUCAGAACCAAAAGCUGCAAUUCCAGUCACAGACCCAGAUAAUAAGCUGCUUCCAUUACAAUUUGCUGUUGAUCCUGGUCCAGAAGUGAGAUGGGGACAAGAUGAAAAUGAUUCAUGGGUAAUUGCCAGGUUAACUUUAACUGACAAAGAAAAACUUAUCCUGUUAAAUGAGUAUCUAGAUAUAAGAAACAUUGAAGUAUCAUAUCAAAUAUCUGAGCCAGUGGAAAACACUUCUAAAGAAGUUAAUGGUCAUUUAGCUGAGGCAAAGUAUUAUGAUCCAUAUGAGUCAGAUGACAGCUCUCCUGAUGAAGGUAUAUCAUGUACAGGGGGUAAAAGUGGUAAGAGUAAAGCAGCUCGUCAGUUGCAAACUGUGGCCAAACAGUUUGGUAGCAUUGGUAGAAGUAUGAGUAAAAAAUUGAAACAUAUCGGAAGCAUGGCUCGGCGAGGUGGAUCUUUCAAAGGUGAGUCCUCUACAUUAAAACGGAAUUCAGAUACUCUUAAAAAUAAAAGAACUUUAAGUGGCUUGCCCAUGAUGGCUCGAACUGCAACCAUAGAUGGGAGUUUGAAUCCUAGGCAAGUAGUUGUAGCUGUCUUAAACACAGAAAAGAAACAUGAGUAUCAGAAGAAAUUAAUCCAGAAUUAUCUGACAUCAGCAAUCAGCAGAUAUGAAAAUGAUAAAAUACUUAAAAGUAACUCUCUGCCAAACGGAAAGCUUGCCACUCUGCAGUGUAUCAACCCUGGUUGCAAGAUGUUCAGUGCUCCAUCUACUAGUUACUUGUGCUCCACUUGUUAUCGGAAACAAAAGGAACAGGAGUAUGAGUUGGAAGGCCAGAGAAUGAUACAAAAAAAUAACAGCUAUUGCAAUGAAGGUCCUGUGAUUGUAUCCGGAAAAUCUGCUUUUUACACCGAAACUGAUCAAAACAUGAGAAAAUCUGUAGAAAAGCUAUCAGCAAAUGGGCAUUUAACAAAUGGUUUGGCUGGAUGCAAAAAUUCAGUAUUUUAUGACAAGUUUUCUUGUGAUGGUAUUCAAAUAUAUCGACAACCACUGCCUCCAGAAUGUAAGGGUGAAUCUCUUCAUAUGGAUUCUCAUUCUGUUCUGAAAACUAUCAAGGAAUCAGCUUCUUCAUAAGCGAACCAUUUGUCAUCCAAUUCUUGUGCCUUUGCUUUCAUUUAUAAAAAUCCUCAUUGUAUAAAAUGUUUGCACUUGCAUAAUAUAUAUAUAAACUCUUUUUAAACCUUUUUCAGUGAGAUAUUGCUUUAUACUUAGUGUUUAAGAGAUAUAUCAGAGGUGGUAUGUAUAUGACUUGUAAUUCAUAUUGAAAAUACCGACAGUAUAAUGUCAGCCAUUUAUAAAGCUUUGUUGCAUGCACAGCAUCUUU